CCGACACCGACCAUAAUGUCCAGCCUCGCCCUCAGCCGAUGCAGCGCACGGCGGAUGAUAUCAUCCAAAAUUUUGCGCGAUAAUGUGACGCGUGGACGCACCAUUCCGGUCAUAUAUCGUCGGGCCAUCAGCUCAAGCACCCCUGCAUCCUCAUCACCCACCUACGUCGACCAGGUGCAAAGCGUUAAGACCAUGGAUCAAGUUCCUGCACCCAAGCCCACUCCCAAGCUCUCAGACUCGGUGUUCGAGAUGUUCUCCAUGAAGGGCAAAGUCGCAGUGGUGACGGGUGCCGGAACCGGUAUCGGAUACCAGAUUUGCAGAGCGUACGCAGAAGCAGGCGCUACCGUAGUCCUCGGAUACAACUCAUCCGCGAAGGCAGCAGAAGAGAAUGCAGCCACAAUCGCCAAGGAUUUCGGUGUAAAGACGAAGGCGAUUCAGAUCCCUCAGGCCGAUGCCGAGAAGGUAGAGCAAGCCAUCAAGUCGGUUGCGCAGGAGUUUGGGCGGCUUGAUGUGGUGGUCGCGAACGGCGGCAUAGGCGGAUCAUUCGACAUCGCGGGUGCUUCGCUCGAGGACUGGAGAAAGGUUAACAGCGUGAAUUACGACGGUGUCUUCUACCUUGCCCGAGUUGCCGGCACGAUCUUCAAGGCGCAGGGCUUUGGCAACUUCAUCGCGACCGCGUCCAUGUCCGGCCACAUCGUCAACAUCCCGAAGAACCAGGCGGCGUACAACGCCGGCAAGGCGGCUGUUAUCCACUUCUGCAAGAGCCUGGCGGUUGAGUGGAAGGACUUCGCGAGGGUGAACGUCGUCAGCCCCGGGUUCUUCGACACGAAGAUGGGCGCCGGGCCGGAGGUUUUGAAGACAGCGCACGAAAUGGCCGUUCUGGGUCGACAGGGCGACCCACGGGAACUCAAAGGAAUAUUCCUUUACCUCGCCAGUGACGCGUCAACGUUCACAACUGGUUCGGACAUCAUUGUGGACGGCGGUUAUGUUCUGCCAUGAGGCACUCAACGUUUUCACUACUCUGGUCUGUAUGGGUAAUGGAUUGAAUGGAAUAGCGUCUGUCACACUUGUGAUAUCUGACGUGGCCUGCGGUCUGUCCGGACUUGCCAUUGCACCGAAGUGUGUUCUCCAUAUUAUCGAAAGAUU